AUGUGGCUGCUCGGACUGCAAGUCCAAGCAGCCUUACUAGUUAGCUCUGUCGAUGCAAAGUUGAUUGAAACAGGCAAUGACUUGCAAGAUUUAUUCACUUGGGACAAGCAUUCAGUAUUUGUUCGAGGCGAGCGAAUCAUGAUUUUCUCGAGUGAAUUUCACCCCUUCCGACUUCCAGUUCCAGGUCUGUGGCUCGAUGUGUUUCAGAAGAUGAAAAGCAUGGGCUUCAAUGGAGUAUCUUUCUACGUCGACUGGAGCCUUGUCGAGGGAAAUCCGAGACAGGUUUUCACUGAAGGGAUAUGGAAUCUUGAAAAAUUCUUCGAUACCGCCAUCGAAGCCGGGAUAUACCUUAUCGCUCGCCCUGGGCCGUACAUCAAUGCAGAGACGACAGCAGGUGGUAUUCCGGGUUGGGUUUUGCGUAUCAAUGCGACCGUCCGCUCCGAUGACCCAGAAUAUCUUAGGACAACGGAAAAAUAUAUGUCAACAAUGGGCCGAAUUAUCGAAAGAGCACAGAUCACCCACGGAGGCCCUGUGAUCAUGGUUCAACCUGAGAAUGAAGGAAUGUCCUACCCAAAUGAACAAAUGAACCGGGAAUACAUGGAAUAUGUCGAAAAGCAGCUGCUGGAUGCCUGCAUAACUGUCCCUCUCAUCGUGAAUGACAAUAAGGCCUUGGGCUAUUGGGCCCCAGGGUCAGGCCUUGGAACGACAGAUAUUUACGGAAUUGAUUCGUACCCUUUUCGUUACGACUGCGGUAAUCCAACAUUCUGGUCUACUUAUAGAUUCCCUUAUGACUGGCAAGUUCUUCAUGAAAAGUACAGCCCAAACACGCAUUUUUCCAUCGUCGAGUUCCAAGGAGGGUCGGGUGGAGGAUGGCUUUUGGUGGUACAAACUGGGGAUGGCUACCAAGGAGGUUAUACCUCCUAUGAUUAUGGGGCAGCCAUCACCGAAACUAGGGGUAUUUCGCGUGAAAAGUACAGCGAGCAGAAAUUGGAAGCAAACUUCCUCAAGGUUUCACCGGCAUACCUGACGGCAGCGCUGGGAUUAGGCAUCAAUGGUUCCUACGGGGCUCCAGCUUCCAUCGCCGUAACCCCACUCUAUGGAAACGACACACAAACGAACUUCUACCUAGUGAGGCAUGCCAACUUCAGCUCUACUAGCAACACUGAAUACACACUGCAUCUACCAACACGCAUCGAAAACAUCAGCAUACCACAGCUUGGUGGCGAGCUUCAUGUGUUUGCUUUGUCUCGUCAUCUUGGAAACACGACUGUUGUUGAGGGUUCCGACGUCAUCCUCACUCCGAAAGGCCAAGCAUGGGUGAUACAAUGGCAGGUCAAGCGAGAACGCCGCAUAGUGCGCGUUUCUGAUCUCGAGAUAUACCUUCUUUGGCGAAACGAGGCUUACGAAUAUUGGCCAUUGGAACUGCCUGCCGAAGAGCCGAUCGGCAAUUUUUCUUCGCCGUCUAAGGAUAUGGUCAUCUUGAAGGGCGGGCAUCUCAUUCGCUCUAUUUGGCUUGAGGAUCAAGUGAUUCGAGUCACAGGCGAUAUCAAUGCCACAACAGAGAUUGAGGUAAUUUCUUCUCCGGUGCGUAACUUGAAAACGAUCAUUUUCAAUGAAAAUGAAUUGCGGACUUCGCGCACAAAGUCGGGAAAAUUGACAGCAACGCUGGAGUACAACCCUCCCAAAAUCAAGAUACCAAGCCUAGCCAACUUGGACUGGAAGUUCCUUGAUUCUUUACCCGAAAUCAAACCCGCCUACGACGAUUCAAAAUGGACUUCCUGUUCGAAGACCACAAACAACCCUAGAGGUAUGGACACUCCUACCAAUUUGUAUUCUAUUGAUUAUGGAUUCCACACCGGAUCGUUAAUAUAUCGUGGCGAUUUUGUUGCAAAUAGAAUGGAGUCAUUAGUUUCGUUAAAUACGAGGAGUGGCUCAAAUACCACCGCGAUUCAAAAUUUGCAGUUUCCCAAUAAUUUCUCCGCAGAGUCUUAUGUGCUUACCAUCUUGAUUGACGACAUGGGCCAAGACGAGGAGGUCCCUGGUACUGAUGCGAUCAAGUUUCCGCAUGGCAUCCUCAACUACCAGCUGCUAAACCAUAGCCAAAUUGAUAUUUCGUGGAAAGUGACGGGGAAUCUUGGCGGCGAACAGUAUCAUGAUCUCGCCAGAGGACCUCUGAAUGAAGUUGCCAUGUAUGCUGAGAGGCAAGGUUAUCAUAAUCCGAAGCCGCCAGCCUCGAAAUGGCCUUCAUCUAGCCCAAUAAGUGAAGGAAUUGCAAGAGCAGGCGUUGGAUUUUUCACUACAUCCUUCAAUCUAGAUAUCCCCGAAGGAUGGGACAUCCCUAUGAGCUUUGUGUUCAAUGGAUCUGCAGCGGAAUCACCUAACUCGGGCAGUCCUGGAUCAGAUUACCGAUUGCAUUAA